AACUUGACGGCACUUUGGUCACAUCGAGUGAAAAGUGUUGCUGUGCAAAUCACAAGCUCAACACAAGACCCGUCCCCAAAACGAGCCAGUGUCUCGGAGACACAGGACCUUGCUAAGAUGACGGAUCUAAGGCACCGUGGAGCCAAAGACACCGACCCCACGUUACAGCAGCAGCCGUCAGAGGACAAGGGCUCUGACAGCGAGCUGAAGGUGGAAAAAGAUGUGGCGUCAGACGGCGAGGCCAAGGCGGACUCUGAGGUCCCAGAGGUGCCGGCCCCAGGUGAUGACACCCCGGAGGUUCUGAACAAGGCCCUGUCUGGACUCUCCUCGAGAUGGAGGAACUGGUGGGUCCGAGGUAUCCUCACACUGGCCAUGAUCUCCUUCUUCUUUCUCAUCAUCUACCUGGGGCCUAUAGUGCUGAUGAUGAUUGUCCUCAUCGUUCAGAUUAAGUGCUUCCAGGAGAUCAUCACCAUCGGAUACAGCGUGUACCACUCGUACCACCUGCCCUGGUUCAGGACGUUGAGCUGGUACUUCCUGCUGUGUGUGAACUACUUCUUCUACGGUGAGACCGUGACCGACUACUUCUUCACACUGGUGCAGAGGGAGGAGCCUCUUCGCAUCCUCAGCAAAUACCACCGAUUCAUCUCCUUUGCCCUCUACCUCACAGGGUUCUGCAUGUUUGUGCUGAGCUUGGUGAAGAAGCACUACCGCCUUCAGUUCUACAUGUUUGGUUGGACCCAUGUGACUCUGCUGAUUGUGGUGACUCAGUCUCACCUUAUCAUUCACAAUCUGUUUGAGGGGAUGAUCUGGUUCAUUGUGCCAAUUUCCUGCGUGAUCUGUAAUGACAUUAUGGCCUACAUGUUUGGUUUCUUCUUCGGCCGCACCCCUCUCAUCAAGCUCUCACCCAAGAAGACUUGGGAGGGCUUCAUCGGAGGAUUGUUCUCCACUAUCGUGUUUGGCAUUAUGUUCUCCUACCUGCUGGCCGGCUACCGCUACUUUGUGUGCCCGGUGGAAUUCAACAACGACUCCAACAGCUUCCAGGUGGACUGUGAGCCGUCGGAUCUCUUCCAGCUUCAGGACUACGCUCUGCCCGCCGUGCUGGAGUCUUUCACUGGCUGGAGCACCGUGCGUCUCUAUCCGUUCCAGAUCCACAGCAUUGCGCUCUCCUCCUUCGCCUCCAUUGUGGGACCUUUUGGGGGAUUCUUUGCCAGUGGCUUUAAAAGAGCCUUUAAGAUCAAGGAUUUCGCCAACACUAUCCCGGGUCAUGGUGGCAUCAUGGACCGAUUCGACUGCCAGUACCUCAUGGCAACCUUUGUUAAUGUCUACAUUGCCAGCUUCAUCAGGGGCCCGAACCCCAGCAAGGUGAUCCAGCAGCUCCUGGCCCUGCGUAUCGACCAGCAGCUCCACAUCUUCAACUCCCUGAAGACUCACCUGACGGAGAAGGGCCUGCUGCCAGCGCUGGAGGAGGCUGCCGGGGUCUAGAGCGCCCCCCCCACCCCUCCCCCAGCACCCGAGGGUCCCACGCAGCUCCGGAGCUCUGAGAGACUGUCGGGGCUCUUGUGUGAGCGAAAACCGAUCCGAAGAAAGCUCCAAAAAAAACAACCCCAACCACGGCCCCGGGUCAUUCCAUUUGUUUUGGGUCUGAGAGUCCAGUGUGUUUGUGUUUUAGCAGUCUGUGAAUAAUGUUCCAGUGUUUUCGGGUUGAGUUAGUGAAUUACGUUACAUUUCCAUUAUCGCCAACCUGUAUCUAUUCACACUGUUGGAGAAAGUGUUGCUCAGCUGUACACUUUCAGCUGUAUUCAAGAUGUCCUCUAUAUGUUCACAUAUUAAUGUGUGUUCACAUUCUAUUGUACUUUUUGAUUAAGUUUUUAGUUUUAAUGCACUGCUCUCGACUCACUGUUACGCACUGUUUUAUCACCUCCUCCCCGGUUUUAGUUUAAAUUCUGUGUGGUGAUUGUUUCUAUUUAUACAUUGAUGAAUUUUAUAUUUGGUUUUUCUUAUAACUUUGAUGUUUUGUCUGUUUUAGACCGAAUUCAUCUUUGCCAUCUGCCGCUUGCAUUUUUGUGUCUAUCUGUGUUGCUGCUGUUCAUCAUUUAAAAAAAAAAGGCCUCUCUGCUCAGCCAGUUCAUUGACAUCCGAGUAUCGAGUCUUAUCAAAAGACACAACGCUUUGAUGGUUUUCUGCUGUAAGUGGGCGAUGAUCAUAGGGGCCAAAAUCCCUUCCCUUUCGAGAGAGUUCUCUUGAGAGAAAGUCACAUUCUUCCCACACCUGGUUGCCAUUUCAUUGUAAAGCCAGAAAAAAAGCGUAGUUAUUUUCUUUCUUUCUUGUUUAACUGACUCGUUAACACUUACCUAACAAGGAUCUGGUUUAGGUUUUACGCGUUGUAAGUUGAUGUGAUUGUCGCAGUGGGGCUUCUGUUUGAGACGUUUAUUGAGACUGGACAGUACAAGUAAGGCACAAUAAUGCUUUCUAUGUUGCUUCUCUCUGUUGUCAUGGUUACGCUUCGGCGCAGAAAGACGGAUAUGCACAGUUCUUCUGUCUGUCACUGGUUGCGUUGCCCCCCGUGUGUUACAGCUGGUCUCCUGCGUGUGAUGUCCAGUUCCCAGCUGCUGUGUGUAUAUAUAUAUAUACACACAAUAUAUAUAAAAACACACAUAUAUACAUAUACAGCAACAGCCGGCAGCUUAAGAGGUUUUACAGUAAGAUAUUCAUACCAAUGGCAAAUGUUUGUUUGCUUCAUUUGUUUAGUGGUAAACUAUUAAAGAUUCUCCAGUGUUAUGUUAAUUUCAAACAAUUGUGUAGUUAUGUUCACCAUAGGGACACCAGUUGACUGGUUUUACCACCCUGCUGACGUUGUUUGAGGUCCUGUGUGUCACACGAGUCUGAAAUAUCUCUGAUUGUACUUAAAGACACGUAAAGGUGUGUAGAAACGGUGCUGCAAGCAGCAGUGUAUGUGUAUGUGGGUCAUAGUCUCUAUUAGCUCACCAACUAAUCGCCUCAGGCUGUCAAUCAUGUUCAUGAACAUUCAUCACAUUUUUUUUCUUCUUCAUUGAAUCAGAGCAUAGACGGUACCCCAAUAGAACUACUUCUGUGCUAAAUGUUAGAGGAGCAAUAUAAACAACCUUACAGUCAUCCGUGUAGCAGGAAUGUGAUCAGUAUCCAGGUCCCUAAAUGGUCAUCCUACGAAACAACCUUCAUCUGUGUCCAGUUUGGGAAAAAAUGUGCUCCAUCAAGUUUCUUCUUACCACCUCCUGUCCCAAUAAUGUAUUUUUAAGAAAAGGCAGCCAAUGUUUUGUACAGGAAAAAAUGGAUAAUUCUUCAACAUGCCAAACCAGACGUGUAUUUUUGAUUUCUGCCCCUAUUUGAAUGUCUAACUCUAUUCCUAUUUAUAACAAACCUGUCUUACGCUUAACUUCUUAAAGUAUUUAUUUUAUCUACUGUUGAAUCUUUUCAAAAUCACUAUAUUGUAUAUUUAAGAUGUUAAGAAUAAUCUUGAGUGUUCCUUUAGUAUUUUCCUUUUGAGGAUCCACACACCAACGUGAGGACUCUGCAUUCGUAGUUAUCUUCUAUUUCUCCAGCACCACUGCCUCCCGUGGUGUCUUUUUUUUUUUUUUUUUUUUUUUUUUUGAGACCCCUGCGGCUCUGUACUGCCUGUUCCUCUGCGCUGGUCCGGCCGGCCACUAGAGAGGGCUGCAGCUCCUGGUGUCGGCGGAUGCAGGGUGACGCUGAUGCUGCAUCCGAGCGGAGAUGUUUGAUACAUUCCUGUUCCCCCCCCCCUCCUAAGAUGUGCGAGCACACAUCAAGAUAUUAACAUAUUUACUUGUUGUCGAAAAGGGGGAGAAAAAAAAGUUUGUUUUACGUUUGAUGGCAUUUAGGGAACACCAUGCCACGCAAUCGACGCAGUGCCACUUAGCUGCAGUGAGUCCUGUCCACCAGGAGCCUCUGAAAGGAAUGUAUGGGAGUUGCGACUGGCCUACAUGCUGUAGGCUCCCCUUUUGUGGACAUUUCAUUUUGUGGUUAUAGAUUCUCUUUAUAAAGCUGUAUAAUUUCAGUAUGUUGUUCUUAAACUGUGCAAUGGUUUGUGUUGAGUUGUACACUUGUCUAGAGAAAAGUUGUACUCUUUGAUGCUGAAAUGUGCUUCGUUUUAGUUCAAAUAAAAUUUAAAAUUUAAAACUA